AUGUCGCACCCAUCCGCUUCAAUGGCUCGACGGCUUCUCUGCCAGUCUCCUGCUGCGUUCUUCCGUCAUUGCCGGUCCAAUGCGUGUCAGAGUUCGGUCCGCUGUUCCAGUGCAGUUGCCGCUCCUCAGAGAACUUAUCAUAGCGCACGACAACUUCCAAGCUUACAACGUCUCGAAAAGUCGUCAUUUUUAUAUUUGUUUGUUAUCCCACGCCCUAACGGUCAGGCUCGGCCUUUUAAAACCGCUACACCUACAUGCGCAACGACUGUUCUGCAAAAUCCAAGGUUGGAUGAGCAUGGAAAUGAGAUGACCAUUGAAAUCUCCGAUAGAGCAGCAAAGCGCCUCCAACAGAUAACUUCCUCAUCCUCUAAGUCCAUGUCCGGCCAGAACCCUCCUCAACACAACCAUCUUCGAGUCUCCGUGACCUCUGGCGGCUGCCAUGGUUUCCAGUACCUCAUGUCCCUAGAACCUUCUACAGCAAUCGAAAACGACGUGGAUACCAUAUUUGCCUCGCAAGAUUCACCUGGAUCUGCUAAGGUGGUGAUGGAUGAAGCAAGCCUGGAGUUGUUAAAGGGGAGCACAGUUGACUAUACUACAGAGCUGAUUGGAAGCCAGUUUAAGAUUGUAGGUAAUCCAAGAGCGAAGAGCAGUUGUGGAUGCGGGACGAGUUUCGACAUUGAGGAUUGA